CCAUUUUAGAGUCCACUCACGAAGAAGCAGUCGGAGGCUGCGGGCGUGUCGGUUUAGUUUCUGUUGAAGUUGAUAUUUAUUAUCUAUUUGUUUUCUUUCUAGAACGUCGCUAAGGUUGCGUUAAAGAGCAGUAGCCGCCCCGACGAUGCCGUCUCAUCCGCUGCGAGUGGCGGUGGUGUGCUCGAGCAAUCAGAACCGGAGCAUGGAAGCGCACGGCAUCCUCAGUAAGCGAGGAUUCAGCGUACGUUCGUUUGGAACUGGCUCCCAUGUGAAGCUGCCCGGACCGGCCCCAGACAAGCCCAACGUCUACGACUUCAAAACCACAUACGAGCAGAUGUACAACGACCUCGUUAAGAAAGACAAGGAACUAUACACCCAGAACGGGAUCCUUCACAUGCUGGACCGGAACAAGCGCAUCAAGCCCCGGCCCGAGCGCUUCCAGAACUGCAAGGACCAGUUCGACCUGGUGGUGACCUGCGAGGAGAGGGUGUACGACCAGGUGCUGGAGGACCUGAACUCGAGGGAGCAGGAGAGCUUCCAGCCGGUGCACGUGAUAAACGUGGACAUCCAGGACAACCACGAGGAGGCCACGCUGGGAGCCUUCCUCAUCUGUGAAAUGUGCCAGUGUAUCCAGCACACGGAGGACAUGGAGAAUGAGAUGGACGAGCUUCUGCAGGAGUUUGAGGAGAAGAGCAGCCGCCCCUUCCUGCACACUGUCUGCUUCUACUGACCCCUCCCCCCCCAAAACCAGCCUUAACCCCCUCGCCCGCCCCCUGCUACCAUCACUCCUGAUUGCAGAUCAGUGAGAGCCAUUACAGGUUUUACACCAGACCUGCUACUAGAGCCUGUUUAACCCAGGGCUGGGCAGCUCCAGCCGCUCUCGUCAGAAUCCAUUCCGAGCUCCAGUCCAGGCCAUUGUUCUAGCCAUGACGUUUUUAAUUGAGUCUCCUCCUGUGUCCUCUGGAAGCCCGUCUGUCUGUGUCAGGAAAACCAGGAGCAGAGUCCAGGCUGGGGACUGGAGUUGCCUUGCUCUUUGCUGUAGAAGUAGAUUAUUAUUAUUAUUAUUAUUAUGGUGAAUUGGAUAGAAACGUCUGCUAGAUGACUGACACAGCUUGGAGACUCGGGUGAGCUGUGCAUCACAUCUGCUGCUGCAGAGUCGCUUCCAAUCGGACCUCGUUUGUUUUACGUCUCAUCCGAAGGACGGAGCACAAGGAGGUGAAGUGACUGUCUCAGGGUCACACACGCACAGUGAGUCAGUGGCUGAGCGAGGAUUGGAACUGGUAACCUGGUAUCCAGCCCCUUUCUUUAACCACUGAGCCACCAAGCCUUUUUAGAGUUGAAGGUGAAGCGAGGACUGGCUUGAACUGCAAUGGGAGUCUCUGGGCAUCCCUGGUGAAGCAUGUCUGUGGGGCAGAAUAAACUUCCUCCCAGAUAAGUGUGGAGACGUGGACCCAGCCUGCAGCAUCGUGAAGCCUUGUAGCCACGUUGGGUGGCAGGAAGGUGCAGCUGUGUCUCGACUCGUUGGAAACCCUGCAGCCAACUGCUAUGCAACCGGGGGGCUUGUAAUAAUCCCCACGUCUGAUUUUGUCAUUUUAUUGUUAUUUGUCUGAUUUAAGCAGGAGAGAGCCCCGUGUUUAAAAUGUCUUGCAGUGGAGAGACUUAGACUCGCACACACACACAGUUAAAUACAGCAGAAGAGCCCCACAGCCGUUUAUAAAACAGUGCCAGUCUCGAGAGAGCUUUCUGUGCCCACGCUGUGGAAACUGGAAGAUGAUGCGUCUGUAGAGAGAUUUCUAGCGGUUAAUCAGUGAAAUAUU